GUAAUUUCAAAUUUUUAACGAAAAUUAAGAUUUUCAAUCAUUAAUUAAAUAAGAUUUAAUAUUAAGAAAUAACUUAAAUUACAAAUUUCGAAGAAAAUGACGUCACAAUCUUGAAUCUUGAUCUUGUAUAAGAUUUUUAGUUCAAAACAUUCAGAAAGAAAAUGCAAUAAGAAGUGAGUGGACUAUGGAAUUCCUUAAAAUAAAAGACAAGAAUGGACUUAGAGUUGUGACAAUCAGCAAUCCUAAAAAGAAAAAUGCACUCAGUAGAAUUAUUUACAAUGCAUUUGCUGAUGUUUUGAAUACAGCUGCGAAAGACGACAACAUUAAAUGUGUUGUUAUCACUGGAGAGGGAGAUUUUUAUAGUUCUGGUAAUGACAUCACGCAAAGCUAUGAAUUGCCAGCUGAUGGAAGUUCUCUUUACAAGCCACUUGAUGACAUGGUGAAAGCUUACGUUAGAUUCCCAAAGCUUCUCAUCGCAGUUGUUAAUGGACCAGCAAUAGGAAUUGCCGCAACAACUGUCGCUCUUUGCGAUAUUAUUUACGCUCACGAUAGCGCUUACUUUUAUACUCCAUUUACAAAUCUUGGGCUGUGUGCUGAAGGAUGCUCAAGUUUAACAUUCCCACAAAUUCUUGGAACCAGCAAAGCUAUUGAAUUGCUUUCUUUGAAUCAUAAAAUGUCUGCACAAGAAGCUCAUGCAUUUGGAUUUGUUGCCAGUGUUUACAACGAUGAAAAAGAGAUUUGGAAUAAGAUCCAAAAAAUUGGAGAUUUACCAAUCGGAUCAAUUAUGUCGAACAAAAAACUUACAAGGAGAUUCAAAAUUGAAGAACUUGAAGAAGCUAAUGACAGAGAGAUUAAAGAAUUAGAAGUUCGUCAGACAAGUGAAGAAGCUUUAAUGGCAAUCUUGAAAUUCCAAGAAUCAAGAAAGCCAAAAAAUAAACUUUAAAUUUUUAUGAAUUUUUAUAAAAUUUAUGAAAAAAAAAUAAAUUUGCGGGGAGCAACUAAAAUGAAAAGUUUAUCUAAUCAUUAAAGCUAUAAAAACAUUCAUUUUUGUUUAUUAAAAGUUAAAAAAAGAUAUUCAAGUGCUUGAUAAAUUUCUUAUCUUUUUAUUGCUUCACUUACAAUGAUGAAGCUAAAAAUUGUUUAACUUUAUUCAAUACCAAACUGUUGCAUUAGUUCUUUUUUCUUUUUACGGAGCAAAGCUUCUUCGAUAUCUUUUUGUGUGGGAACAGCAACAUGAGAAACAAACCGGGGAGCUAAAAGUUCAUCAUUGACGCUUUCAGUGUAUGUUGUGUCCUUUUCUUCGUCAUCUUCACCGCCAGUCUUGAGUUCGCCUUUCUUUAAUUUUUCUUUCCAUUCUUCGACUGACUUUUUAAGAGCUUCUUUUGAUGCUUUCUCUUCUAAUGGAAUGAGAACACCGUCGUCAUCAUCAAGAUAUCCAUAAUAUGUUGCAUCAACUUCACGCAUUAACUCUCCUCUCGUUUUACGUGGCGGUGGUGGCGGUUCUUGUUCAAAAAGCUCACGAACACCAGGAAGAUCUUUAGCUGCACCGAAAUACUUGUAUCCUCUGUUUCCUGGGACUUCUCGUCCUUCUGCGUCAAAUGUUUUCGGUCCAUAUCGACGAUAAUGCGGACCACCGAGAUUUGAAAUUUGAUUCUCCCAAUGACGCUUUUCUCUUAAAAGUUUGUUAAUUUCAUCAUUUAGAUCACGUAUUCGGAACUCUCCUAAACCAGCAUUCUGAAUUUGAGCUACUUUCUUAGCAAUUUCUCUGAUAAUUUCAAUUCUCCAUUUUUCACAUUUUGAAACAUCGUGACAUUCGCUAGCAAGAUACGGCCGCCUUUCGUUUUUACCGGUCUCUGCUUCCUUUGCAGCACGCCAACGAGCUAAGGUUGUCAUAGCUUUUUCAGCAUUUCGAGCCAUUUUUAACUUUUUAUU